GGCUUCCGCAUUCUAGGAGGUCCAAAAAUUCCAAAACCGAAUCCAAUUUCCAUCGAGGCCUCGAAUUCAAAGUUAUAACUAAAACGUAUAACAUCGAGUCUUUUGUCCCUCCGGCGGGAGCACUCCAAGAAGAUAGAUGGCGGAGCGAGACGGAGGAGCUCCGAAGGCGGCGGCGGCGGCUCCGCCUCCGCCGUGGCCGACCAUCGCCCUCCCACACUGGUCCUCCAUGGAGGGACUCUUCCGCGGCAGCGGGGCGGCGGACGUGAGCCCCGGCCCGAUGACCCUGGUGUCGAGCUUCUUCGCGGAGGAUCCGGAGGAGUACCGGUGCUUCUCCCAGAUCCUCGCUGGCGUUAUUGACUCUCCGGUGGCGCCGCCGCCCAGUAGGCCCGCGGCGGAGCAGCCGGCCGCUCCGACGGAGGGGGAUACUGGGGGAGUGGAAGAGAUGGGUCUGCGACAGAACCAUUCGCCGUUGGUUGCAGCGACGCCGGGGCUCAGCCUGUCAAGCUUGCUCGAGUCCCCCGCCGGGCUCAUCUCAUCUAAUUUGGGAUACUUUGGGAUAUCUCAUCAACAGGCCCCAGCUCAGGUAACAUCUCAGGCUGUAGAGUCUCAUUCUUACGUGCAUGUCCAAGCAGAAUAUCCAUCUCUUGCAGCAGCAUCAACCUCCUCGGCACUGCCUCCUGGUUCUUCAAUUAAUAUGUCAUCACUCCAACAGAUGCCACCUCUAUUAUUGGAUACAAAUAACGCAACGAUCAACUCUGCAGAUGGUUCCCAUUCUGAUCAUAAAUCUCAACCUGCUGCUUUCAUGGUUGACAAACCUGCUGAUGAUGGCUACAACUGGCGAAAAUAUGGGCAAAAGCAGGUAAAGGGAGGUGAAUAUCCUAGAAGCUACUAUAGAUGUACCCAUCCAAAGUGCCCGGUAAAGAAAAAAGUUGAACGCUCUCUUGAGGGCCAGGUAACAGAGAUAAUUUAUAAGGGCCAGCAUAAUCAUUCACCGCCCUCUCAAUGUAGGCGCAGCAAGGAAGGUGGUACCUUUCCAAGCGGAUGCAAUGAAUUAAAUGGGAGUUUUGAUUUUCCCUUGAAUCCUGAAACUGGCACUGCAAAUUUCAGCAGAUCAACUGAGACUAUGUCCAAGAGAGAUCGAGAUUCCAGCCAUUGGACACCUGAGCAGUUGUCCGGUUCCAGUGAAGGUGAAGGUGAUGGUGAACCAGGGACAGAUGAAGGGGGUGAUACCGAGCAAGAUCCAAAAAGAAGGAAUAUGGACACCAGGGUGAUGGAAUCAAGUUCACACAAGACAGUAACAGAACCAAGGAUUAUUGUGCAAACAACAAGUGAAGUCGAUCUUUUGGAUGACGGGUAUAGGUGGCGCAAAUAUGGACAGAAGGUGGUCAAAGGAAAUCCUCAUCCAAGGAGUUAUUACAGGUGCACUAAUGCGGGAUGCAAUGUCCGGAAGCACAUUGAAAGGGCUUCAACAGAUCCUAAAGCUGUUAUAACAACAUAUGAGGGGAAACAUAACCAUGAUGUACCAGCAGCUAGAAACAGCAGCCAUGCCACAGCAAAUGCUGGUGCUGCUACCAGCAGUAUACCACCAAGAGCGCAAAAUGCCAAUCCUGGCAGCCAACCCUCCUUUCAGGAAACAGAAUUUAUAAAUAAUGUCAGACGGCCGGUUGCAGUUUAUUUACUGAAAAAAGAGCAUGAUGCUGCUUAGACUUUCUGUGCCUUGGUAUUAGUGGUGGUCUGUGCACUGAAUUCAUGCGAACUUCCGAAUGGUCUUUGUGGAUUCUGGAGCAAAUGUCAUGCAUACACUUUCUACAAUUAUGGCAAACUACAGAAGGCCUUAGUUUAACAUCAAAAUGAAAGCAGAGUGAGAAAAGUGACAGAUUUUUGCUGGGAUGGCUGUGUCCCGCGGACGGUUGUCAUGUAUUUUUGUAUUCAAUAAUUUUAUCAUUUGCCACAGUUCUGAUGUACCUGUAGUUGUUUUCCUCUGUUCAUUCUUUUUUGUGUCCUCUUGUCUGGAUGCUGGUUAUUAAAGUGAUACCGCUUGUGGGUUCUACACAUAAUGACAUAUGGAUAAAAAUAUAUGGUUCUUUUUUGUCCC